AUGGAGGGCCACCAGGUGCGUAAACCUCUUAAAGAAAACAAAAGUGAUUGAUAUAUAAUUGUUUGAUAUUAAAUCAGCUCUAUGCAUUGUGACUCAUUCUUUUGUCUGAAUUUUUCAAAAUGAUUUUUCUCCGUUUCGUGCGUAGACAUCCGACGUUUGUUUUUUCAGGUAAGAGCGUUAUACGAUUUCACAGGAGAACCAGGAACAGCAGAGUUGUCUAUCACAGCAGGAGAAAUGUUGAUUGUUAUGAGAGAUAAUGUAGGCGAUGGAUGGUGUGAAGGUUUUAAUCAGAGUGGAAAAUCUGGAUUAUUUCCAGCAGCAUAUGUUCAAAAUGUCGACACUACUGCGCCAAAUGCAAUGACAUCGUCACAACAAAGUUCAGGAGAUUACUGGGACGAUGAAUGGGACGAUGAUUCUGAAAUUGGUCAAACACAAGCAUAUGUCCCUCAACAGCAGCAGCAACAUAUGAUACAACUGCCACAGCAUCAUACUGUUGACUAUGGGGAUUCAGUUUCUAUGCAUACUAUUCAUUCUGUGAUACCUGAAAGGCCUAUACCCAAUAUACCAAAGAAAAACAAUAAAUUUUCUACAUUAAUAAAGUCAGGAGAAGAUAGUUUUUUAUUAGGAAUGAGGGUGGCAAAUGUUCCUGAAAAUGAAAAAAUAUAUAUCGAAGAAAUUGAAGGUGGACAUUAUAGAUGGUCUUCAAGAGGAGAAUCUUAUAACUGUGUAGUUACUUCUCCUAAAAAAGAAAGCAAACUAAAGGGUCUUAAGAGCUUUAUAGUUUAUCAGCUUACGCCAACGUUUAAUAAUAUUCAAGUUUCAAGAAGAUAUAAACAUUUUGAUUGGCUGCACGAACGUUUGGAAGAAAAAUAUUGCUUCAUUCCUAUUCCACCAUUACCAGAUAAACAAAUAUCAGGGAGAUAUGAAGAACAAUUUAUUGAACAUCGACGCACACAGCUACAAGAAUUCGUUGAUUAUGUUUGUAGGCAUCCUGUACUGACACGUAGUCGCGUUUGGGAACAUUUUAUAACUUGUACAGAUGAAAAAAGAUGGAAGGCUGGGAAGAGACAGGCUGAAAAAGAUGACUUAUUAGGUGUAAAUUACUUUUAUGCCGUCCAAUGCCCUGAAACAAAUUUGGACGUUAUAAAAGUAGAGAUUCAAACUGAUGCUUUUAGUAGAUUUAUAAGUGGACUGGAUCCAGUAGUUAAGAAUUUUAUGGCUAUGGCUGUUGAUCAAACAAAGAAAAGUCUUCUCUACAAGAGAGAAUUUCAGAAAAUUGGUCAAAGUUUUAGCGCGUUAAGCCACGCAUUAGAAGGCGAUGAUAGAAGUCGAGGAAGAUUAACUUAUGCGUUAAAAAUAACGGGAGACGCUUAUAACGAUAUAGGCAAAUUAUACGAAGAACAGCCUAAAUUUGAUUGGGAACCUCUAUCUGAUAAAUUUCAUAUUUAUAGAGGAAUUAUUAGUAGUUUCCCAGAUGUAAUUAGCAUACACAAGACUGCUGUACAAAAACGAAAAGAUUAUGAAAGGCUAGUAAGUGAACACAAAAUGGAGCCACAACAACUGCGAGAUUUGUCUCAUCGAACCGAUGUAAUAGCACGAGCUCUUCUCGCUGAAGAAACACAUUUUCAGACGGAACAAGAGGUCCAUUUAACUCAAGCAAUGAAAACACAUCUUGCGGAGCAAAUCAAAUUUUAUCAAAAAAUUGUAGAUAAAUUACGAGAAGCGUUAAAUGCAUACGAAGGCUAA